AUGGAUCCGCCUCUCUGGGUCGAACAACUCAUGCACUCCUGCCUUCCAGCCUCCCCGGUUUCCGCCACCGCCUCCCUCUCCGCCGCCACCACUGGCAAGGACGGCGGCGGCGAGGACCGCAUCAGCGCUCUUCCAAGCGACCUCCUUUGCAACGUCGUCUCUCGCCUCCCCGUCAAGGCCGCUGCCCGCACCGGCGCGCUCUCCCAGCGCUGGCGGGGCCUCUGGCGCGCCGCCCCGCUCGUCCUCGACGACGCCCACCUCCUCCCGGACGCCGCCGCGGCGUCCCGCGUCCUCGCCUCCCACCCGGGCCCCUUCCGCUCCGUCCGGCUCAUCAACAACCUCAUCGACGAGUCCAACAAGGACGCGCUCCUCGCCGAGUGGCUCCGCCUCCUCGCCGACAAAGGCGUGGAGGAUCUCAUCCUCGCCAACGACCCUUGCUCCCGUGGAGCGAUGCCCGUGCAGCUACCGCCGUCCCUCCUCAGCUGUGGCGCCUCGCUCCGCCGCCUCUACCUCGGCGUCUGGCUCUUCCCUUUCACCAUCGACCUCCGGCGCGGCCCCGGCGUCUUCCCCCACCUCCAAGAGCUCGGCAUCUGUCACGGCAUCACCCAGGAGCGUGACCUCCAGUACAUGCUCGCUUGCAGCCCCAAGCUGGAGAUCUUGGCGCUCAUCGGCACCUUCUGCCUCCCCGACCGCGUCCGCGUCCGCCACCAAAGCCUCCGUUGCGUGGUGCUCUGGCAUUCUCUGGUGGACGAGGUCGGCGCCAUGGCCGCCCCGCAGCUGCAGCGGCUCAUCAUCUACUGCACCAACUCCACUGGGCCUGGAAUCGGAAGGACCAUCAAGGCCAAGCACGUGCUUGAGAUCGGCAACACCAUCAUCAAGGCUGGGGUGACAAAGGUUUGCCCAAGUACAGUGGUUCCAAGCGUCAAGGUGUUAGCUCUCAAGGUGCGAUUCAGAGUCGCUGCUGAAGUGAAAACUUUGCUGGGCUUCUUGAGAUGCUUCCCUGAAGUAGAGACCUUGCACAUUAUGGCUUCCGACAAUGACACCGACUACUACGAGGACCAUGGCCAAGUCAAGGUAAGGGACAGGCUCAGUUCCACCUUCUGGCAGCGGGUCGGUCCGAUCGGAUGCGUGGAGUCGCGUGUCAAGAGGGUGGUGUUCGAUCAGUUCACCGGGUGGACAAACGAGGUUGGGUUCCUGAAGCUGGUCCUUGGGAGAGCUGUGCUGCUGCAGAAGGUGACAGUCGUGCUGGCCCGUCCGGAUUCUGCGGCGAUGAGUGAGGCCAUGCGCAAACUGCAGCCGUUGGCUUCCAAGAGAAUGUGGGCCACUAAGGUUGUGGACAAUCUUUCCUUUGUAGUCUGUGGGCGCAUGGCAGGUCAUUUGUGUUGGUACAAAGAAGCAUCUGAUCUUUCUAUCAGUGACCCGUUCAUUUCUAUGUUAGGGCUGCACUGA